CGUCGCGCUGAAGGAAGAGACCGCCGCCUCGCCUACCCCGUUUCAAAAUGGCCGCGCUACGGUUGGUGGUCAUCGCCUUCUUAGCAACUUUCUCGGGUCACGCAGUAGCUGAUAAGGAUUCUCAAGGUAAAACAGGUUUCUGCAAUGUCGCUGCCGACAGCGAGGGCCAAGGCGUUGCCUGCCAACCUCCUGUGGAUGCCAACCAGCGUGUCAAGUCACUUUACGUAGCAAAUGAUUCUGAACCAGUUAAACCCGGCACUCACAGGCUAGUCAUAUUCACUGUCGCUAGUGAAGAAACGGAUGGCUUUAAGCGCUUCGCACGCUCUGCAAAGAUAUAUGGCCUCGAACCAAAGAUCCUUGGAAUGCACGAAGAGUGGCUUGGUGGGGACAUGGCAAAAGGCAUGGGAGGUGGCUACAAAGUCAGGCUCCUGAAGAAGGCACUAGAAGAUUACAAGGAUGACGUGGCAACAAUAAUCAUGUUUGUAGACAGUUACGACGUUGUGUUCAGUGCUGGCGAAGAUGAAAUACUCCGGAAGUUCUACAAGUUCAACUCCAACGUUCUGUUUUCUGCCGAGGGCUUUUGCUGGCCGGACAAAAGUCUUGCGGAAGCUUAUCCUCAAGCGAAUGGGGAACGUUUCCUGAAUUCAGGAGCUUGCCCCGAUUUCUCAUUUGCAGGUUUCAUCGGUUAUGCGCCUCAGUUGUAUAGCAUUGUUUCUAGCUCUGAUCUCGAAGACAGUGCGGAUGACCAGUUGUUCUACACAAAAAUUUACCUCAACGAGGAACUUAGGAAAAAAUGGGGCAUCAAGCUUGACCACAAAGCUGAAAUUUUUCAGAAUCUGAACGGAGCAGUAGGUGACGUUGAGCUACUGGGCUUAGACUUUGAGCCAUACCUGCACAAUUCUGCAUAUGGAACGACUCCUUUGGUUAUACAUGGCAAUGGGCCCAGCAAAGUUGUAUUGAACAAUCUCGGAAACUACCUCGCCAAGUCUUGGAAUGACAUGGCUGGUUGCCGCAUCUGCUACGACACCUUCAGCCUUUCAGACAAGCAGGACUCUGAACUCCCUAAAGUUCUGAUUGGAAUUUUUGUGGAGCACCCUACCCCUUUCUUGAAAGAGGCCUUGCAGAAAGUCUACAAUCUGAACUACCCCAAAGAGAAAAUACAUCUCUUUGUGCAUAAUGCUGAGGAGUUCCACGAUGCUGAAGUGACCAAGUUUGUGGAGGAGGACGGGCCGGCCUACCACUCUGUGAAGUAUCUGGGUGUGUCCGAGGCCAAAAAGGAAUGGCAUGCGCGUAAUCUGGCUCUGGAGGAGUGUUUGAAGAUCAACUGUGAUUACGCCUUCUUUGUGGACAGUGAAGCCCACCUUGACAAUCCCGACACUUUAAGGCUUCUCAUAGAGACAAACAGGACCAUUGUAGCACCACUGCUGUCAAGACAUAAAAGCUUGUGGUCCAACUUCUGGGGUACCCUCUCUGCAGACGGCUACUAUGCACGGUCCCACGACUACGUCUCUCUCGUAAAACGAGAGCGCAAGGGCAUAUGGAACGUGCCUUUUGUGAACGGGGCGUACCUGAUCAAUGGUUCGCUGGUCAAGUCGCGCGAGAAAUUCCCAUCCUUCAUCAACGGUCUCCUGGAUCCCGACAUGGCCUUCUGCAAGAACAUGCGCGACAAGGGUAUAUUUAUGUUCAUGACAAACAUGGACAACUACGGUCACCUCAUAAACGCCGAGACGUUUGACAUUAGGCACAAAAAUCCAGACUUCUAUGAAAUCUACAGCAAUCAAAAGGACUGGGAACGACGUUACCUUCAUGAAAAUUACACCAAAGUUCUUGACCCCAGCUACAAAGUUGAUAUGCCUUGUCCAGAUGUGUACUGGUUCCCAGUGGUCUCGGAGACCUUCUGUGAGCACCUAAUUCAGAUAAUGGAAAAUUUCGGAAAGUGGUCCAGUGGCACAAAUGAAGAUGAACGUCUUGCUGGUGGCUAUGAAAACGUCCCAACCAGGGACAUCCACAUGAACCAAGUUGGCUUGGAACAGCACUGGCUCUAUUUUCUCAGAGAGUACAUCAGACCUGUGCAAGAAAAAGUUUUCGUGGGAUACUUUCAUGAUCCUCCAAAAGCGAUCAUGAACUUCGUUGUUCGCUAUCAUCCUGAGGAGCAGUACUUCCUUCGUCCCCACCAUGACUCAUCGACAUACACCAUCAAUAUCGCCCUUAAUAGACCACAUAUAGAUUAUGAGGGUGGUGGCUGCCACUUUCUAAGGUACAACUGCAGCGUCGUAGACCUCAAACGUGGCUGGAGCUUGAUGCACCCCGGACGCCUGACGCAUUAUCACGAAGGCCUUGCGGUCACGAAAGGGACACGGUACAUUAUGGUGUCCUUUGUGGACCCCUAAAAAUGCUGGUUUGGUUUCUACACACAUGAGUGCAAUUAUGAGGUUGCGUUCAUUUGAUAUGAAAGCUUUAAAUUCUUACUCUAUCUUCUACAAGUCAUCUGAAGUUGAAGAUAUGUUCCGCUUAAAUGCUUGAAUCUUCAUGACAGUCGCAAUGUAUAAUACUCUGUGAAAGGUGCAUGAAGGCAACUGAUGGUUCAGUGUUUUCCAGUGAAUUGCUCCCAGUGAAGCUGUUUUUGUGAAGUCUCUCCGGACGUUUAGGUUCAGUGUAGGAACAGUAGCUUGGCAUCUUUUUUCACAUGUGACGAGAAUUUAUACAUUUUUCUGGUGUCACCACUUGUAGGGUAUGUGAAAAGGUGUUGCUAGGUGUGAAAGAACUGUUGAGUGAAAGGGUACAGUGUUUCUGACAAUGAGAGUAGUAUUUUUAACAUGUGCCUUUAAGAGUCUCGCAAUAAGCUAUAUGGUGUCAUGAUUCUACUUAAGGCUGAUAUGCUGAUAUGACUGUUUGCCUUUGCUACUAUCACCUUUACAUCUACCUUCCUUUUCGAAAAUUCAAAAUAAUGUGCAAGGUUUUCAUGAUUUGCUAUGCUAUAGUGCAUUAUAUUAUAUGUUUUGCUCAUGUUGCCAUGUUUUUCAUGUCACAAGAUCUUCGCUCUAAGCAGUUGCUUUCUUUUUCUGAUGAUGAAUUACCACAAGACAAGUUACUGUGUCAACCUGCUAUCUUCAUACAAUUGCAGUUGUUGCAUCUAGUAAAUAUUGUUAUUGUUUGGAACAGUAAAUAGUUCAUGACAUGGCUAACUACACAUAAUGUCUGCACGUGUUAGAGUAACAACCAUCAGUCUUUAUUUUGUGCUCUGUUGUUUUCACUGUCUUGAUCACUAGUUUAUAGUGGGAUUUUUCUCAUUGAUUCACAGCAACUUUUUUGUCCUAGUUCGUGCCAUCUCGUACUAUUUUAUUUCUGCUUUUAUAAAUAAGUUGUCUCUCAAUUUUAUUCCUGCUACUGCCAUUUAUGCAUCUAGUCAAAUUCUUUACUGUAUACGCUGUGUCCUAGCACAAUGAGUACAUCACGACAAUGGCUAAUAGGUGUUUUAAGUUCUCUCUUGACCAAAUGCUGCUUACUUGUAGGGGCUGAUUUUGCUCAAUUGUUGCUGCAUAUUUUUAAAUCAUCUUUAUUUCAGAAACAGUAGCUUUUCUAUUAAGAGGAUCUGACUGAUUUCAACGUGGUGGUUUUUAUAAGGACGUUUGUUACCUGUGUUUGGCGCCUAACUAUUUUUUCAGUAAAUAAUGGGCAUCUUGAGAUGAGCCUGGCAUAUUCAUUGCCACUUGGCACGCAAUAAAUUAUACCAUAUUGCAACAAAUAAUGAUAGACAUUGUGACAACGCAGUCACCUAUAGUACUUGUUUCUGUACACUGCACUUUAUCAGCAUAACUUCCUACACUGUUUCUUAAUUCGUUGUCCUGUGGUGCUGCUUUUUGCUUUUAUUUGACAGGUUGCUGAGACAUGAGCCAUAAUUUUGAUUGUGUGAAGGAUAUGUGCACUUUUGUGUCAUUUUGCCAUAUAAAAUAUUUGUAAAGAAUAUUAAACCCUUUUUUUAUAACAUGUCACAGCACAGUCACUGAUUUCAGCCAAAACAAUGCGUUAGUAUAUGCAGUUAUUUCUACGUGGUAUAUUUCGCCAUUUUA